AUGGAUAAAUCGUCAGUCUUUUUCAGCAGUAAUACUUCCUCUCAGCAUAGAGACGCAAUCAAGGCUUUGUUGGGGGUGAAUGAAGAGGACAAAUUUGAAUCCUACUUAGGCCUACUGACUUUAGUGGGGCGGAAGAAAUACCAUACUUUUUCGUUUCUAAAAGAUAAAGUGUGGAAAAAGCUCCAAGGGUGGAAAGGGAAAAAGUUAUCAAGAGCAAGAAAGGAGAUUCUUAUCAAAGCAGUGGCUCAAGCAAUCCCAACUUAUACUGUGGGUGUCUUUCAAUUGCUGGCUAAGUUGUGUGAAGAACUUCAAGCUCUAUGUGCUCGGUUUUGGUGGGGGCAAAUUGGGAAUGAAAGGAAGAUCCAUUGGUUGAGUUAG